AAUGCCCCCAUUCUCUCCCAUCGUACUCUUUCUUCGCAGAGUGCAUCACUUCACUGCCUACCUUCCUCAUCAAUAUAUACACAAUUAUACAUACAUGGAACGAAUCAAGCUCAAGUGCAGAUUUGAUUAUUAAUCAAAUACGAAAGUUUAUGUUAACUUGGUGCUUCGCAAUAGGAAUCUGAGGGGUCACGACAGGCUAAAAUCAAAAGGGCUUCUUCCUAGUAAUUUUACUGCGAGCACACCAAGGUUUAACAGGUGGAUUAAACUAAUUACUCCUCAUCUCAAGCUGAAUUGGGCUAUUUAUCAUCAAUUGGGUUGGGUUUCUACUGAGGGAUGCAGCAAGUUUACAACAAGUUUAUACAUAGCUUAUCAUGCUAUCAGGUCGUUGGAGACCCACUCGGAUAUAGAUUGUGAAUGUAAAAAGUUUGUUGAAUCUAACAAAAAUUGCGUAGAAUUGGCUAUGAAAAAUUCUUGCUCUGUUAAUAGGGAUGCAGUCGGCUAAGAAGAACACGAGCUCAACUUUUAUCUCCAAGAAAAUAGAAAACAAGGGUUUGCAUUUAAUUUAAGAAAGGGGCAUUAUUGUACUUUGAUAAAAUCACACAUAAAAAAUCAUUUUUUUAUCAAACACUUCAACUUUUAUCUUUUUAUCAUAAUCACUUCUAUUACCAAACAUUACCUACUUUUACUAAAAAUCACUUUUCUAAUAAUAUUUUAAAAAAGAUCACUUUUAAAAAGCACAAAAACAGCAAACACUCCCUUAGAACUCCCUUGGAAGAACUUUGAAAUGAUAUCAUUAAUUUUCAUUUUCCUGCGCCGUUUUUUACUUUGUUGAGUGUCUCCCGGUCCUCGCCUGUGUCUGUAGCCAAAACCAAAGAAAACAAAGAUAGUCCGUAAAGCCAAAAUUCAGAGAAACUUGAGUCCCAAAUAUACUUUACUUCACUCCCUUUCACCAUCGUCCAGUUCUCUUCAGCUGGAAAAAGGCGAAAGAGCAACGGUUACAUGCGUCAAAUGCCUUGCAAAUCGGUAUCCUGAAAUUCUUCAAAUCAGAGGAAAAUAUCUUCGAACCUCAGAAGCUUGUUCCGGAAACACCGGUUAAACCUUUCGAUAUGAUUAAUAUUGCUUAAAGGUAAUCGGUGGUCCGUGAAUGCUAUAAGACUACAAUGGCGAUUUCUCACCAGCUCUCCAGCGCCCUGUACCUCUGCUACGCCAGAGGGGAUUCCGGGAGGGGCUAUUGCUACAAUGCCGUGCCCGUCAGUCUCGGUUUCGGCCUCAAGAGGCAUUUGACGGUAUUGAGUAGCAGGAGGCCAUUAGCCACUGACCUCAGUGUCGGCGUUGCUGGAACCGCCGCCACCAACAUGACUGAUUGCGUUGCUUCUCCAUCCAUGCUUGUCCCCUCCAUCGAAAUUCCAGUCACUUGCUAUCAGAUUCUUGGUGUCUCUGAUAAAGCGGAGAAGGAUGAGAUUGUCAAGUCGGUGAUGCAUUUGAAAAAUGCUGAUGUUGAAGAGGGGUACACUAUGGAUGCUGUUAUUUCUCGCCAGAACCUGUUGAUGGAUGUGAGAGAUAAGCUUCUUUUUGAGCCAGAAUAUGCCGGAAACGUAAAAGACAAGGUCAUGCCAAGGUCUUCUAUUCGAAUAUCAUGGGCUUGGUUGCCAGGAGCUCUUUGCUUACUUCAAGAGGUAGGAGAAGAGAAGCUUGUGCUAGAUAUUGGACGAAGAGCCCUCAAACAUCCAGAUUCGAAGCAUUACAUACACGAUUUACUUUUGUCCAUGGCGCUGGCUGAGUGUGCAAUUGCAAAACAUUGCUUUGAGAAGAACAAUAUUUCACAAGGUUUUGAAGCUCUUGCUCGUGCUCAGUGUCUUCUUAGGAGCAAUGUUUCUCUUGGGAAGUUGACAUUGUUGUCUCAGAUAGAGGAAUCCUUGGAAGAGUUUGCACCAGCUUGCACUUUGGAAUUACUGGGUAUGCCUCACAGACCUGAAAAUGCAGAACGAAGAUCGGGAGCCAUUUCUGCCUUGCGUGAGUUACUUAGACAGGGCCUUGAUGUAGAAUCUCCAUGCCAAGUUCAAGAUUGGCCAUGCUUUCUGAAUCAAGCUUUCAGUAGGCUCAUGGCGUCUGAGAUAGUUGAACUUCUUCAGUGGGACAAUUUGGCUCUUACAAGAAAGAACAAGAAGUCUCUUGAGUCACAAAACCAAAGAGUUGUAAUUGAUUUUAAUGGGUUCUAUGUGAUUCUAAUGGCUCAUAUUGCCCUUGGCUUUUCCAGCAAGCAACCUGAUUUGAUUAACCGUGCAAAAGUCAUUUGCGAGUGUCUAAUUGCAUCUGAGGGCGUGAAUUUAAAACUGGAGGAAGCUUUUUGCUUGGUCCUUCUUGAGCAGGUUGAUGAGGCAAGUGUUGCUGAAAGGCUUAAACAACUACAGAACUGUAAUGCAAGUUCAAGUGAAGUAAACCCCAUUAAGGAAAUGGAAACAUGGCUUAAGGAUGCUGUGCUCAGUUUGUUUCCAGAUACACGAGAUUGUUCCCCAUCUUUGGCGAACUUCUUUCGCGGUGAAAAGCAAACUCCAUACAAGGGAAACAAAAGGGCGUCACAGACUUCGUCUCACGUGAACCACAGACCAAUUGCACCGGCCUUUUCACAUGCCCAAAGAGCUUUAGGUGAAACUGUGCAGCGUGCUGACUUGUCAAAACAUCUUGGGCCAGCUGUUAAGCAGUUGGCUCCAACAAGUUUACAAGACUCAGUGGUGAUAGCGGAUAAGGUCGAAAGUGGUACUAAUGGCGGACCAUCACUACAACUUAAAAGGAAUUUGGGCGCACGUCAACAUGAAAUUCUAAGUAAUGUCAUCUUGAAGAUAACUGUUGUUGCUUGUUUAGGAUGCAUCCUGUUUGUCUCCUUUAAGAUAAUGAGCAUAGGAAACAGAACUAGAUUGAGGCUAAGCUCAUCACCUAGGAUGACAAACUCCACUUCCUGGAUUUUAGAUGGUUCUCAAGAUCUAAGACCUAGAUGGGCUAAAAGAAGCAUUGUCCCCAUAAAAUUGAAGAAGCUGUUUUCAAAUUUUGGAUUACGGGUCAAGCAGAGCAAAGAAGAUAUUGGUUUGGUAAAUGGUUGUCAAGCGGCUGGUCUGUCAUCUCCUGCGGAAGUAGCAUACAAGAUGGCAAUGUCUUCUGAAGAAGCUGAGAGCCUGGUUAAGAAAUGGCAAAGUAUUAAAGCGGAGGCUGUUGGGCCUGAUCAUCACAUUGAUUUACUCUCUAAUGUUCUUGAUGAGACGAUGCUUAUUCAGUGGAAAGGUUUGGCUGAUGCUGCGAAAGAAAAGUCAUGCUUUUGGAGAAUUGUUUUGCUGCAAUUGUCAGUUCUACGAGCAGAUAUUUUAACAGAUGAGACUGGAAAUGAGAUAGCAGAGAUAGAAGCUCUCCUUGAAGAAGCAGCAGAACUUGUGGAAGAUCCCUACCAUACAAACCCCAACUACUACAGUUCUUACAAAAUCCAUUACAUCCUGAAGAGACAAGAAGAUGGCGGUUGGCGAUUUUGUGAAGGCCAUGUUGAGACUCCAUGAUUUUCUAACAUAAUAACACCCCAGAUAAAUAUCUUAUAGAGAGAGAGAGACUAACAACAGACAUCAACCCAGAAGCUCAAGGUAGUGUAGUAAGCUUUUCCAUUUUCGUCCUUUGACAGCUUGCGGCGUGCAUUACCUAGAUUUAUUAUAUUUGCAUUAUUGAAGUUGCUUAGUUCCUCUAUUCCUACUCUUUUGACUGUCUAAUAUGCUGAAAGCUGUAAGGCUGUAAGAUUAUGUUAUGGGUUUCAUAGCUGUGUGAAUUCGCUCAUACCUCAUAACUUGUGCGAGUGGUAUGACUAUAAUGAUCACAAAAAUAUCACUACACAAAUAUUCCUGUAAGGUAUUACUGGAUAGGAACGCCG